AUGGCGAGCGACUCUCCUUCAACAAAUGCCAGUAAACGUGCCUCUGCAACUUCCAACCUACGACACAGCCAAACAGCACGACCGGCCUCGCCUCAUACCCCACAGCAACCAAUUCGAUCAGGAAGUACUUCAUUUGCAAGCAACACGUCCCCCAGUUCCUCGUUCCGAAGCGAAGAAGACGCGAUCAUAUUCGAGAUAGGUGCACGAUGGCUGCGCGCGGGCUUUGAGGGGGCUAGCACACCCGAAUGUGUGGUUGGAUUUGGACCCGAACAAUCGAGGAGAGUGGGAGACUAUCGAGGAUGGAUACAAGGGAGCGCCGGAGCUGCACGACUACCGCAACCCGUUGACGCGGAAGACUGGGCGCGAGCAUAUGAGCUAUGGCGCCCGGACUCAAGGGAGGUCGAUCUGGGCUUGGUCGAAGACAAGAUUGAGCGCGCGUUUCGGGAAACAUACAAUCAAUUUCUCUUGACCGAUGCAGGCACAUCUCGCCUGGUGCUCGUUCUGCCGUCCCUCAUGCCACAUCCAUUGCUUUCGUCUCUUCUUUCGACCUUAUUCAGUCGUUGGCGCUUUUCAAGCGCGACUCUUUUAUCCAGCGCGACCAUGUCUGCCGCAGCUGCAGGAUUGCGGUCGGCCUUGGUGGUCGAUCUGGGCUGGGCGGAGGCGACAGCUACGGCAAUUUACGAAUACCGAGAGAUUUCUACCAGGAGGACCACCCGGUCUAUGAAGCACUUGGUGCAGGAAAUGGGGCGACUCCUCACUUCAUUGGCUUCCAGCGGAGGCGACAGCAACGAGGCCGCUGAUGACAUUUCAAUUGGUUUUGCGUAUUGCGAGGAAGUGGUCAGUAGAUUUGCAUGGUGCAAACUCAAAAACGGCGAUAAUGCAACUUCCGAACAAGACGAUCGCACAUUGGCAAUCCCUUCGCCUGCAAAUCCGGAGCAAGAAUACAUGGAUGUGCCGUUCUUGCGUUUCGCUGAGCCUACGGAGAAAGUGCUCUUCGCACCAGGCAUCCCAGAACAUGAGAUGGAUGACGAGGAAAAAUCACUACCGCUACUAGUUUAUAACACCCUCCUUGCACUCCCUCCUGAUGCACGAGGGACAUGCAUGUCACGUAUCGUGUUUGUUGGUGGUGGAUCUCGAAUCCCUGGUCUGCGCCAACGCAUUCUUGACGAAGUUUCAAGUCUGAUCGCCCGCCAUGGAUGGAGUUCAAUUCGAGGAAAAGCACUUGAGCGACAGCGAGAAAGGCUGGAACAGCUGAAGCUAUCAUCUCAAAAACCUAUCACCCAAACCAAAACCCCCGAGAGCAACGAGGAAACUUCACCCAUCGAUGGGGAAGUCCCAGACCCCUCGAAGACGGAGCCAGAGAUCGACUUUGUGGAACAAAAGCUCCGUCGCCAGAACAAAGAUGUACCUGUACCCGUCCAAGGCGUGUUACGUGAAAUCGAAUCACUCGGUCCUUGGGCUGGUGCGAGCCUAACGACUAGUUUGAAGAUCCGUGGCAUGGUGGAGAUUGAAAGAGAGAAAUUCCUGCAGCAUGGACUUGCCGGAGCUACUCGAGAUAUCGACCACCCUGUCCCUGAUCGUCGGUCGGGCCUGAGAUCCGGUGGUGAUCGGUCGAGCUGGACUUUGGCAGGAUGGGCAUAG